CCUCCAUCGUCCAUCUAUUUCUCAACCCCCAAUCAUUCACCAGUCAUCAGCAGCAUGGGUAAUCCUAAGCUCAUCUUCGGCGCUGCUUCCUUUGGCAUGAACUUUGUCAAUCUUGAAGAUGUCCAGGAAGUUCUUGAUUAUCUCAAAGAAAACAAUGUCACCCACCUCGAUACCGCUGGCAGAUAUCCUCCCACUUCGCCUGGGCGCUCGGAGGAACUGAUCGGAGAGACCAAAGCUUCUUCGCAGGGAUUCACUGUCGACACGAAGAUCCUCACCUUGUCUCCAGACCAUCUGGGCGAGCUGGAAAGGUCCGCGAUUGAAAAGUCCCUCAACACCAGUUUGCAGCGCAUGGGGGUCGAGCAGGUCAACACGCUCCACAUCCACUUUCCAGACAUGGCGACCCCGUUGAAUGAACAGGCAGAGACUUUUGACAGUCUGUACAAGGCUGGCAAGUUUAAAAAUCUUGGUGUUUCUAAUUUCCAACCAGAGCUGCUGCAGGAAUUCAUCGGCAUCUGCGAAGCCAAUGGCUAUGUCAAGCCCACUGUCUACCAGGGCGACUACAGUGCUGUAAAUCGGGGAAUGGAAAAGAAGCUCCUCCCCAUUCUGAAGAAAUACGGCAUUGCCUACAAUGCAUUCCGAGUCCUGGCAUCUGGCUUUCUAUCCGGCAAACUCACAAAUGGCACUGCUGAAGGCACACGCUUUGGUGGCGAUAGCCCUAUAGGCAAAUUAAUGCAGAACCUUUAUAACCAAGAAUCAUUGCACACCGCGCUUAAGCAGCUAGAGGAAACAACACGCACUCUUGGAAUCACAACAAUUGAUGCUGCGCUGCGCUGGGCGUACUAUCAUUCCUCACUAGACGAAAAUGACGGAAUCAUCCUCGGAGCCAGCUCUGUCAAGCAGAUCAAGUCGAAUAUCGAGAGCAUCCGCCAGGGUCCUUUGCCACGGGAGUGUCUCGAUACAUUCGAGCGUAUUUGGGAGACACUGGACCCGGUGAGGGGAGAUAUUCUGUGAGGUAGUAGAGUGCAUCGGCAUCCCUUGCCACUGAAUACCCUCAUGAAUCAGAGGACUGGUACUUUCAACCAAUGGAAUACUAUUCUUUACCUACUUUCUAUUACCCAGGAGCAAAAUUUAACAAAUAGAAACACUUCAAGAAGAAAAAGAAAGAAAGAAAAAC